AUGGCUACCAAGGUUAGACUCAAGAUCAUAGACAAGAGAACAGCCCCUUCACGUUCACAGAUAACUGGAACAGCGUAUGGUACACUCAAUGUACCCUUCACAAGGAUUUUCUCAUCGAACGAUGGAUACACUGCAAUAUGCAGGGACUACAGGGACGCAGAUACCAUUCUGAGCCCUGAGGGAAUGCAAGCCUUUGGAGGAGUGUACUGUAACACCACCUGGGACACACUGUACUGCUGGCCGGCCACACAGGCAGGGAGGACGGUGAGUGAGUCCUGCGCCACUGUCUUCAGCGAUGUCCCUGACCUGCUCAACUAUCCUAAGGCGUUCGCGUACCGUGAGUGUGACAGUACGGGGUCUUGGCUCUGGGACGGCUGGACCAACUACUCCCAGUGUCUUAGCGUCAUAGAAAACCAGGCGGGCAGGUCGGGAGUGCUGGACGCUGUGCGGUACAUCACCUUCAUCGGGGCGCUGCUUUCCCUCCUCACCCUCACCCUCACCAUCUUCAUCUUCACGUACUUUAGGACGUUGGAGUGUGACCGCCUACGGGUACACAGGAACUUGGUGGUCUCUCUCAUCGUCUGGUUCCUAGUGAUGCUGAUCUUGACGGAGCCUUUCAUCUCUCACCGCCACACCCGCACUUACCGCGACGUGGAUUGGCUGUGUAAGACGCUGCUGACCCUUAGGAUGUACGCCCAGAUGGCCUCUAUCAACUGGAUGUUCGUGGAGGGGCUGUUCCUCCACUCCAGACUUACCUCCAACGUCUUCGACUCUGGGGCGCCCUUCACACUCUACUAUAUCAUUGGCUGGGGGUGGCCACUAGUAUUUCUGGCAGCCUGGGCCACCACCAUGGCUCUUCACUACCCCGUACAGUGCUGGCGAGGCUAUGGUAAUCUGCUCUACAUUUGGAUUCUCGUAGCUCCUAUGGUCACCGCUCUCAUGGCCAUUCUCUUGAGGAACAACAGUUGGGGACGUGCAGAUCAUAUCAGUGUGAAUAUCAAGUAUUCAUCUAGCCCCUACAUGUCUCCGGCGAAGGUUCUGGAAGCGUAA